AUGAACACCUUGAAAACCAUCCUGUGCUUUCUACUCGUUGCCGCUGUGUUACCGUGGACUUCAGGCCAGUUUCCUAGAGUCUGUACAACCCUUGCGAGCUUGAAAAACAAGACAUGUUGUCCAAUCCCGAAACAUUUUGCUGAGCCAUGUGGUAGCGAUGGGAACCGAGGAACGUGCGAGGAAUUGAUUAUCCGUGAUUGGAAUUACAGCUACAGCUAUUUUGAACAGUUCCAGAACAACGACGAACGUCACAACUGGCCACACGCUCUUUAUAACAGAACCUGCAAAUGCAACGGCAACUUUGGUGGUUACGAUUGCGGCAAAUGCGAGUUCGGUUACCGUGGCAUUCACUGUACGAAAAAGAAAACCUUGACACGGAGAAAUUUUCUAAAGUUGUCCGCUCAGGAGAAAGAUCGUUACAUGCGAUAUAUUAAUGAGUCCAAAUACUUUUUAAGCGACUAUGUAGUUUCUGCCACAUUUUAUGAGGACAUCAACAAAGACGUCGAAGCAGGCAAAGAUUCGAGCAGGUUAUUUUUCAACGUCAGUAACUAUGACCUAUUCACGUGGAUGCAUUACUACUCGGCACGUAACACUAUUGGCCGGAAUGUCGGGAAGAUCAACAUCGACUUUGCACAUGACGGGCAGGGAUUUCCUACUUGGCACCGACUGUACUUGCUCGCAUGGGAGAGAGCACUGCAGGUGAGUGUAUUUAGAUUUAGUUCGGUAAUGUUUUGACAUACGUAACUUCAGACGGUUCAAGAAACUCUCUGACAAUGACAAUUUAUUUUAAAGUACCAGAUAUUACAAUUAUCAAUAAGACAUAUUUAAAUUAUACUUUUUUGAAGGUGCAAGCUAAUUGAAAUAACCAUUAUGGGCUAAACUAGUCAGUUAGCUGUACUAUAUAAUUUGCAUAAAUAGGUCUACUGAAAUACUUUAAAACGCUUGCAGGUCAGUUCUAAUUCAAUCCCCUUUUUCCAACUUGUGGGUUCGCCACAGUGGUGUCAGAGAUCCUGACGAAUCUAAAAUCUUAAAAAGGCAGACUGAAGAAUGUGAUGAGUUUGAAAGCCACGUUUCUUUCUUACAGAGAUAUUUCCGGUUAAGUAUUUCUAGAUUAGUGGAUAUUUCAAACGAAUGCCGAACUAUUUUCGGCUAUCAUACUUUUCCGUAUAAUUGUUAUACACGGAAUUAAUAUACUAUAGAAUUAUGCACGAGUGUUGCAUGCGAUGGUCACAUGAGAACACACAAUGAACCAUUGAUGAACAAUGCACAAUCAGUGUAAUUUAAUUAAGAUGAGACAAUAUGUAUGACACCGUCAGGGAACAGUCAGUUAGUUUUCCCUGUGAUUAGUCAGAGCUAGCUUAUGCGUCUAUCAAUAGCUAUACACACGAGGUCGCACAAUAUUAUAAAAUAUACAUGUGAUAAAAGAAAACUUGUUGUUGGUGUCAGUGAUAUAGAUCUUAUUCUGUUGAGCUAUUACCCCUACGGCCCCGACGAUCCUGCUGUAUUGGUUAGAAUAUACCCGAGAAAAGGGGUCGCCACAUGGCAGGCCGGCAGGGGGUGCAAAAACAAUAGAAAAUUUAAAGAAUAAAGUCGACUGCAUGCUGCGCAUGCCGUGUGAUAUUGAAAUUUCUAUUAUUUUUGCACGUAGAAGCCACGUUUCUUUUUUGCAAAGACACUUCAAACGAAUGUCGAACUAUUUUCGGCUAUCAUAUUUUUCUGUAUAAUGAACAAUUCUUUACACGUGCAGGAGUCCAUGUAAAAUAACAUUUAGACCUUUUGAAGAAAGUCCCAACACUGUGGAUCAGCUUCCAGUUGUACUAACGGCCUGAAUAGCGCAAUCCGGGCCCAAUAGUGAUUUUUUCGAUUGACUCAAACAUUAGUGAAGAGCUAUAAAACUACAAUUUUAAACUUGAAAUUGUAAAGCGCAUGACUUUCAAAAAUUAAUAUAGAUUUCCUUAUGACUGAAAACUGUCGGAAUUGUGCACUAUGCAGUAAUUAGUAAUUGAAAAGUAUUGCAUGUCUUAAUACUUAUAUGUAGGUAAUUUAGAUUUUAGACUAUGUAUUUAACAUAUACCGGGUGGGGCAAAAAAAAGUACAACUGUUUGAAUUGCUGCAAAAUCAAAAAUAAAAUUGCAAUGACACUAAAAUAAGUUUAUUGGCAUUCAGCGAUAUCCAACUUAAAUUUUGAUAUAUGCCAUGCACAUUUCCAUGACAUAUUGUCAACGAUACAUGCAUUUAAACAGGAGUAAACAUUUUUGGAACUGACGAAAUUAGCUAAAAAUGGCUUAUUAAAUAUUACUACAUACAACAUGCAAUGAAUUGUGUUAAGACGCAUUAUACUUUAUUGUCAGUACGUUCACUCUUGUGGUCCAAAAACAAUCGUCUACAUUCAUCAGUAAAUGCGUGUCCCCCAGCACGAAUGCAACGUCUUGCCCGUGAAAUCAUACAAUCGAAAGAAUUUUGGAUAAUUUGCUGUUUCAAGUUGCGGCAUUCUGUAACAAUCGCUCCACGAAGCUCUCUUAAAUUGUGCUUCAGAACCGGAGUUACUUGAAUCGCACAUAUAGACUUGUCCCAAUCCGAAUUGGAGGUACUCUCUCGUGUCGAGAUUUCAUUCAACAAAGUGUGGACCCAGAACAACUGACCUCAUCCAGCCAACCCACUAAUUAAAACAAUAAUCGCGAGAAAAUGGUAAAGGUUAUUCAAUUGGUUUUAAUAGGGCCUUUUCAGCUAAUUCUCGGCGGUUCCAAAAAUGUUUGCUUAAGUUUAAAUACAGUUAUCUUUGUCAAUAUUGCAUGAAAAGGUACAAGACAUAUAUCAAAAUUUAAGUUAAACAUCGUGGAAUAUACGAUGACUUAUUUAAGUGUAAUAGCUCUUUUACUUUUUAUGUCAUAGUAAAUCAAACUAUCGUACUUUUUUUUGCCCCACCCGGUAUAACAGUGGUAUAUCUGUAAAUAGCUAAAUAGUGUCCUCAAUUAGACAUAAGUAGACUUAUGUCGGCUAUAUGUAUUCUUAACACUGAAAUAAAGUUUAUGUAUGUGUGUAUAUAUGUAAGGAAAAAUUUGUCUAAGUAUAAUAUUGUAUAAGUAUAAUAUAAUACAAGAAAAUGACCAUGCACCACCCCAGGUCAACUUCUAAAUAUGCAUAAAAUAACUAAUAUACCUGGCAGAAAUUAAAUUUCCUUAUUUCCUAAAAAAUAUCAUGGGAUGAAAAACUAUGCUUAAAUUAAUAUAGUUAUUGUAGAUUUCAUAAGGAUUGUCAUUGUUUUCUAUUUAAUAUAAUACAUUUUGUUUCCUUUACCCCCCCCCCCCCAGCCAUAUUUUGCCGUCUUGUUUGCUUUUUAUCGCUGAGUCUCGCAAAUAUCACCCAGUUGUUGAUAAAUGGCUAAAGAAGAAUUCAUCACGUUUCGUCAUGUUUUGAAUCAGUGCAGUGUAUUUUAUCUUCGACAUUUGUGUCCUUCGAUAUUUCGUCAAAUUGCCGCCAUUGGCAUUGCAAUGCGUCCCCGCUUCUCUGCCCGACAAAUGCUAUUUCUUCGUCUUCAUAUGUAUUUAGAUUACAGUAUCCGAGAGUACUUCAUUGUAGAAUAGUCCCCAUCGAAAAAUUGAAAACAUUAGUUGCAUUUAAAAGGAAAAAUUCCCAUAUUACAUGUUGUAGCAUCAGAAUCAAAAAUAAAUAGUUUGAAAGUCACGCGCCAGUUCGCGAAAACUUCUGGUGGGGCUACAUAUAACGUGAAAUGAAAUGAAACGUUUGUUCGCCAUAACAGCAACCCAACUAAAUAUAUUAUAUUUAUUGUAUUUUUAUGAUUGAUGAUAAAAGUAAGCAAAUAUUUAUUGUUUUUAUCAUAAAUCAUAAAAAUAAAUAAAUAUAAUACAUUUAGUUCCGUUGCUGUGGCGAACAAACGUUUCGUGAAAAUUUUCACUCCUCCCCCCUUGUCAUGUAGCCCACGAGGAGUUUUCGUGAACUUGCGCGUGACUUUCAAAUUAUUUACUUUUGAUUCUGAUGCUACAAUAUGUAAUAUGGGAGUUUUUUCCUUUCAAAUGCAACAAAUGUUUUCAAUUUUAACUAUACAACAAUAAAUUUCCGAAAUAUACACUGUAGGUAUAUUAUUUUGCAUUUUGUAAGCUUUGAUUUAAUGUAAAAUUUAACUUGAAACGCUUCGUGAAAUUUUUGAAAUGUUCAUUCAACUAAACUACAUUUGCCGAUAAACUGUUUAAAUUUUGCACACAAAACAAAUUGUUAGGUAAUUUUAGUUCAGUCUUCAAAUCAAUUUGUUCAAAUUAAACGGUAAUUUAUGAAACUUAGAGCUUCGUUGAAAAGGAAAAUAGUUCAUGUUUUUAGGCAAAAAGAGUGAAAAGUUAAAGCAACAAAAUUCAAAGCAAACUUGCCGUAUUCUUCUCAUUUCUUCAAACAAAAUUGUUUCAAGCUUGUUGUAUAUGAAAGAUUUUCCAAGUAUAUGUCUUUUAAAUUUGAAAUCUUGCUUAUCCCACUACCACAAGCAAUCAGCCAUAUUUUUGAGAUCAGUAUCACAGAAUAGGAAGUUAUACCAGAAGCGUAACUCUAGUCGUUUCCCUUAUUGUUUGACGUCCACGAAAAUUUUAACUCGCUCACGUCAGGCCACGCCAUCCUGGCUAGUACAGCCGGAAGUUUUUAUCAGGAUUUGGUAGGUACAAAGUGCCGGUUGUACUAGCCAGGAUGGCGUGAUUGAUGACGAAUCGCUUGUAAAAACGCGGACAAAUAUUUGCUCGAGUUACGCUUCUGGUAUAACUUCCUAUUCUGUGUCAGUAUGAUGAUUGAUGACCACCCACUCAAGUUCGUUGGUCACGCCCGCGAUAUUUGAUGAACUUUAGACUUCGCUAAUGCUUUCGUUUCCCCGGGUGUAAAUAGCCGGGGGGGAUUAGUACCCUCGCACGGCGCUUCGCGCCGUCGGCUCGGAGAUUAAGCAUAGUUUUUCAUCCCUUGAUAAGUUUUUUAGGAAAUAAGGAAAUUUAAUUUCUGCCAGGUAUAUUAAUUAUUUUAUGCAUAAUUAGCAGUUGACCUGGGGUGGUGCAUGGUCAUUUUCUUGUAAAAUAUUACACUCAGACAAAUUUUCCUUCCAAUAACCACCUCUAAAACAACCCUUCUAAACACUAUAAGCAUUUCACAAAUGCUGGCGCUUUUGCUUUUCGGAAAUUAGAGCUAUGUCGACACUGCCGUUUCAGGACGGGUCAUUUUCAGGACUUUCGUCCCGGAUUCAGGUUUUGGCAUAUAUGCCAUGUUGACCGCCACGGUCAUUUUACCCUAAAACAGUUGAGAUUACCUCUGCUAAAUGAAACGCAUACAAACUCCUAUGAAGAUCCUAGACAAGCGUAAUGUCAUGCCUGUUUUCAAGUACAAUAUUUAUGUAUGCCUAUUUUGUAGGAAAUUGCGAACGAUGAAGAUUUCGCUCUUCCAUACUGGGACUGGACUGAAAAUCCCACCCAAUGCAACUCCACAAUCUGCUCUGAGGAUCUCCUCGGCGUUACCAACCAAUCCGAUGGUACUGUCAAAGGGAAGUACUUGGAUAAAUGGUGGGUAAUUUGCACCGAAAAACUGACGAAAAACUCCACAACGCUUUGUAAUCCUAAGGUCAACGCAAGUGGACUGAAAAGGAACACUGAAAAGGAGAAGGAGGUAAAGAAUGGCCGCAACAUGACGUUCCCAACGAACGACGAUGUCAGCUUUGCACUUCGAUUUCGAUCUUAUGACGUCCCACCUUACAGCAAAGAGUCCAGCUGCAAUUUCAGAAAUAUCCUGGAGGGUUACACUAGCGUCAAAACAGGUUAUCGUUUGCCAAAAGAAAAUAACUUACAUAACCGGGUGCAUAUAGGUAGCUUCUCAUAUUUGAUAACAUUAUACUUGAAUUUGUAGUGAUAGCGUUUUAGAAUAUUUAUAGUUUUUUUCGCUUUAUAUUUAAUUGAAUAAAUUAUUAUUAUUUAUUAUAGUCAUUGGUGGAAACAUGGGAGUUGUCGCUUCGGCUUCGAACGACCCGAUCUUUUUUCUUCAUCAUUCAUUCGUGGAUCGUAUUUACGAAAAGUGGCUUCGAAAGUUUGGAAAAGAUGCUUCGGUUCUUUCCAAAUUCAAGGCGCCCAUGGGUCACAAUAAAAAUGACGUCAUUGUACCUAUGUUUCCGGUGUACACUCAUCAGGAAAUGUUCAAAAAAUCUCUUGAUUUCGGCUAUGAAUAUGAAGAUGUUGACGAGAAAGGUAAGUGUGAAUAAUAAUAGAUCACACCAUCGUUAAAGGGAUUUUGCACGUAGCCUUGAGCGGAAGUCACAGCCUCAUCAAAGUAAAUUCUGUAGAUAAGAUCCGCUUAGGAUGUCCAGUCCGUGACAUCCCACACCUCCGCAAAAGGUCCACGCAAACGACUCACGUGCAGUCUACGGUUUUUAAAGAGCCAAAUAUUAUUUUUUAGAAGGAGUCGUGCGGGGAUUUCACCAGAAAUUAAUUUAUAUGUUAAUCUUUUAACCAUGUUUCAUAUUUACUUCAUGCAUGUAAAUGUAAUUACAAGUCACACGUAUUGGUGGUAGCAAAUCAGAUUCAGUUACAACCAUAAUAUGAACAAUAACAAUAAUAGUGACAAAUUUUGUGAGAAGAAUUGUAGAAACGACUUAUCCCACUCAAUAAUUUUAUUUAUCACGCCCUUCUCUACCCAAUCUUUAUUGUUUAGGCAAUUCUCCUGAAGACGAGAACGGCGAUGAUUCUUCACUGGGAGAUUGUCCAGUGCCUUGUCCUCCAGUGACUUCUGGCGUACCUGGCAUGUGGUUGAAUUGGUUGCUAAUGUUAGUUAUACCACUAUGGCAGCUACUUUUCGCUCAUUGA